AUGGCACACGAGAACCACGAUCGUUGGAACUCAUCAACGGAGACAUUCCGUGAAGACCUGGACGAUGUCUGCUUAGACGAAAAUACAAAACCUACACCACUCUUUUUGCCGCCAGGCAGUCGCCCGGAAGUGCUCAGCAAUGUAGUCCACGAAUGUCUCUUCAUCGCCAUUAUUGCGUUCGCUGCCGCAUCGUCAGUUUUCUUACAACGCUCUAUGAUUGUGAUCGCUGCCGAUAUCAACGUAAGCCUCAACAUGAGCCCUGCUGAAACAGCUUGGAUCAACGGCACUUCUGGGCUCAUGACUGGCGCAUUUCUCGUCCCUUUCGGUCACCUGGCAGAUGCUUGUCCUGUCUUGACCCGCAAGUAUCUUCUCAUCCUGAGCCUUACAGCCUUCUCCCUUAUUGUGGCAUUUACUUCUUUCUCCAACACUGGUAUCGUGGUUGACAUAAUGACUGGCCUGGCUGGCCUUGCCUGUGCUGCUACGAUCCCGACCGCUGUCGGAAUGUUGAGCUUAGUUUAUCCUGAGCCAUCUCGUCGCAAAAACAUUGUCUUUUCCUCUUUCCUCAUGGGUAACCCUCUUGCGACAAUAGUUGGCGGCCUAGGUACCGGCGGUGUAGCCUCUGCCUUCAAUUGGAAGGCGACGUUCAUCUUCUUGGGUAUUUUGUAUGCAUUGAUUACAAUCCUCAGCUGGUGGAUCAUUCCCAAUGUCUCUGAGUCUCGGUCGCAUGAGAAGAUACAGGAGGCACAACAGUUCGAUCUGCCGAGUUCUUUCGUUCUCGUUUCCAAAAGCGCACCGACCUUUGCUCUGGCCCUUCAAAGAUUCGACUGGACUGGGUUGUUUUUUUUGGUCAGUGGUGUCUUGUUGUUCACAGUUGCCUUGACUAUUGGCCCAGAAGGUCCACAACCAUGGAAGACUCCGACGGUGAUAUGCCUUCUCAUUUUCGGCCUCCUGUUCCUGGGUACCUUUGUCAUGUGGGAAAGCUCAACAAAGACACCAAUGAUUCCUCCAGCUGUAUGGGAAAAUCUGAAUGUCAUUUUGGUCAACUUAUCAGCUUUGACUUCAGCCAUGGCGUAUUACCCGACAAUUUUCUGGAUCACCAUGUUUCUGCAGAAAGUACAGAACCUGAAUCCCUUCGAUGUGGCUGUUCGACUUUUGCCACAAGCCUUGAUGGGUCUCUGCUUCAGCCCUCUUGUGGGGCUUAUAAUGCACCGCAUUUCGGGAACGAUAUUGCUUGUUGCUGCUGCUUCCUGUUCUGUUUGCAGCAACGUCUUACUUGUGUUCUUGCGAACAGAUAGCAACUAUGCCGCUCUGAUAUUUCCGUCGCUUUUGUUUAGUACUAUCGGCAUGGAUUGGACAAUGAACGUCGGAUCUCUUUAUACACUCUCGUCAUUGCCGGUGGAACACCAUUCCAUCGGUGCAUCUUUGCUACAAACAACAAUGCGACUUGGUCUUCCGAUGGGACUAAGUGUUACCACUGCGGUUUGGUCCUCUUUCAAUGGCAAGACCGACGAAGUGAUGAUGCCAUACACGAAAACCUUUAUCACUACUGCUGCUUUUGCUAGCUUGUCACUUAUCGUAGCUCCUUUUAUACGCAUUGGACGGCAAGGAUGUACACUUCGUAGUGUCAUAAAAAGGGAAAGACAAGUGAAGGAGGAGCUAGUUGAUCAUCGGCCCAGCAAACGCUGGUCGUAUAUCGAGACCAUUUCGAGCAAGUCUACAACGACCAGCACAAAGCCUGAACUUCCCCCGAUACGAACAAUGUCCUUUGCCUCCGAAAUCUCAUUGAUACAAAAGAAUCGAAACUCGUCCCGUGAUACUGCGAUGUCAGAGCCAGCGACGCCUAGAAUUGUCUGGGUAGUGUGCGAACAAUGCACCGCCAGUCGACGAGUUACAGAGCCCAUUGGCGACCCUACAAAAUACUUCGAAGACAUUUGCUUGGAAAAGCCCAAUCAUGACAUGAUCAUCAACGGAGGAAGACGGUUUCCAUUGACGGUGAAGAACCAGAACAUGAACCGUUAAGAACGUCGUGAUAUCAUCGGAUAUGUGCCUGCAGAUUUAUGAUAACCUCCCGUGUAACGGUUUGCCUGUGUCCCAUGGCGGAAACGAAAAUUAUGUACCGGCACGCUUGGGCUAUUGGCUUCGUACAGGACGUAUUGAUCUUUGGUUUAUCAUCUUUAGAAUGGCUCUGGUUUCCUCAAUAGACACUUUGGGUGAGGGUUGCGAAAAUUUGGCUGAACUGCACUGGUAUUGAUAUCAAGCUGAG